UAAUAGUUAUGUUUUGUUUUAACAAUGUCGGUGCCGUUUGAUAUGUUAUUACACCCAGAGCUUUUAAGUAAUGAACAGUUGAUAAGAGUUAUUCAAGAGAGGCAUCUACGAGUUCCAAACAUGGGUGAUCUACGAAGAGAUGAACUAUUAGAUAUAUUUCACAAUUAUUGCUUACCUCACGGUCAAAGAAAAUACAGAGAUUCUGGGCGCGGCAAAUUACUAAACAAAUCGCGCGAAAUAAGUCCUGAGCCAAUAAAAAAGUUAAAUGUCAUGAAUAAUCAGGAAAGUAAACUUUACAAAGGCAACCCAAGCUGCGACAGACUUAAACCACCACCAGAGUGCCAUUUUAGUCACACAAAGAGGAUCAAGAUUGAAACUACAAUAUCACCUAUAACAAAUGCAGACUUCCUCAAUUCAAGUAAAAGGAAAAUUUAUAGUGAUUCUACCACACCAACAGAUAGUCCACCACCCAAGAAAGAAAGGAAACCAAUAACAUAUCUGUGAAUGUGAAUAUGAACUUUAUUUAUUUAUGCUCAUCAUGUCAUUACUAUUACAUUGAUUACAAUCAACACCUGUCUCAAUAAUCAAUAAUUAAAUACUUAAUUUAUUGAAUAAAAUGACUUGCUCAGCUCAUAUGGACAGCACCAAUAACAAUAGCGGGACUGCUCCUGAAUAAGAGUUCUGUUGUGACUUGUAACUUGGGUUAAUCCUCAUCUGCAAGUGUUUUUCAAUAAAUUUUGUAUGUCUCACAAUAGUUACUUGCAAUUUGAAUUUGUAUAUGAGUGGUUUAGGAGCAGAAUCAAAGUAGUAGAUAUUUCUCUUUCUAUAUUCUAUAACACAACAAACCUAUAUUGC